CACAUUUGUUCGGUGGUUUCGACUGUUGAAGAAUGUUAUUUUGUCGAUUGGUGUGGGAUUUAUAUUUCACAUGAAAGCGAAAAUAUGAGCAUAGCUAUAAUAUCUUGCAAACUGUAUUAUUUCAGUGCUCUGGCCAAAUAUCAGUGAUUUGUUUAACUGCUUCAAAGUACUAAAUGGCAGCCUUUUAGAGGUGACUGGUUUUGAUAUAUUGCUGUGUGGUUGUUUUGUGUUUGAUCUUUCACAGUGUAAAUAUCAAAAGACUAGCAGAUAUGGGAUCUUCUGAAGCAAGUACACGUCGACGAGUUAAGUUAUAUAUGCUAAAUGAUGAACGGCAGUGGGAUGACAAAGGCACCGGUCAUGUAUCUGCCUUGUACACUGAACAGGACAAUAUGGCGCUUGUAGUAAUUUCAGAAACAGACGGAUCUUAUCUACUUGAGUCCAAAAUACUACCAGAUACAGCGUAUCAAAAGCAACAAGAAACGCUAAUAGUUUGGUCGGAAGGUGAAAAUAUGGAUUUGGCUUUAUCUUUUCAAGAAAAAGUUGGAUGCGACGAUGUAUGGGAGAAGAUUUGUGCUGUUCAAGGGAAAGAUCCAUCAGUAGAGAUUACUCAGGAAGUUAUCGAUGAAUCAGAUGAUGUCGAUGACACAGAUGGAUAUACACCUUCCAUGAUGCAAAGCAUCCAGCCUCUUAGUCUCCCUCCUUGUGAAUUGAGUCGUCUUGAAGAAAUCGUUGAUGUGAUUAGUCAAGCUGUUGCAUCACCUCCAAAACGCGAGAGGUUAGUCGCUUUUUUGGAGUCAACAAAUUAUCUACACCAGUUAGUUGAUGUUUUUCAUAAAGCAGAAGACUUAGAAGAUAUAGAAUCACUACAUCAUCUUUACGAAAUCAUGCGACAAUUUAUACUGGUGAAUAAACACAGUCUAUAUGAAAACUUAUUUGCUGAUGAUAUGUUAAUGGAUGUAAUUGGUAUACUGGAAUAUAAUCCUUCUGGACGUACCAAACAUCGUGAUUUCCUUAAGAAUAAAGCUACUUUUAAGGAAGUAUUACCGUUACAUAAUGCAGAUUUGGUGACAAAAAUACAUCAAACCUAUCGCGUUCAGUAUAUACAAGAUUGUUGUCUACCACCUCCUUGUUUAUUCGAUGAACAUACUCUUUCCCAACUUAAAGCGUUUGUUUCUAUAAACAAAAUGGAGAUUAUACGAGCUCUUCAAGAAGAUGAAGAAUUUAUGUGCCGACUUUUUACACGUUUAAAGGCAGCAGACACAGAUCUAAUCCAUCGGAAAGAUUUAUCACUUUUUGUAAAAGAAUUCUGUAAUAUUUCAAUUCAAACUGAUCAAAAGGAAAGUUUUCUUAGUUGCUUACUUCAACAUGGAGCAUUAAGAACAGCUGAAGUAUUACUUGCAAUUGAUGAUCGUGAUAUUAAAUCAGCUGCUCUAGAAAUUCUACAGGCAUUUAUUGAACACCAACCUUCUGUUGUUCGUGAGUAUGUAUUCAGAGAAACUGCUCCUUUUCGUAAGGAUGAAGAAUUACUCAUUAAUUUAAUGAUAAAUCAACUGCUUACUGAUCCAGAUCCAGAACUCAGUGAUGCUUUCCUUCUGGGAUACAUGCUACGCAUUCUUAUCGAUCCGGACAAUAUGAAUAAUUCUGGUGUGCGUAGUGAAAAAACAGAUUUCCUCAGUUUCUUCUACAAACGAUGCAUCAAUACGCUAGUUCGACCAUUAUUUGAUAAUACAGCAAAAGAUGUCCUGGAAAAGGAUGAUUAUCAUACUGCACUGGUAUUGAAUCAUAUCAUUGAAUUGCUCACCUUCUGCAUUGAAACGCAUACAUAUCAUAUGAAGAAUUAUUGCUUUAAUCGGGAUCUUUUAAAGCGUGUACUUGUUUUAUUACAGUCUUCGCAUAAAUUUCUUGUAUUAGCCGCUUUACGUCUUCUACGACGUGUUGUUCAUAUGAAAGAGGAAUUUUACAAUCGUUAUUUAAUUAAAAAUAAUCUUUUUAAACCUGUUCUCAAAUUAUUUGUAUCCAAUGGAUAUCGUUAUAAUCUAUUGGAUUCAGCUAUCAUUGAAUUGUUUGAUUAUAUACGUGCAGAAGAAAUCACCUCGUUGAUAACGCAUAUUGUGGAGAAUUAUUGGGAUAUAUUAAAGAAUAUCAAUUAUGUACAGACAUUUACAGAUCUUAAACGAACCUAUGAUCAUAGUCAUCGGUCAGUAAGACCUGUUGUGGGGACGGUUAAUCAACAGGCCACACUGGAUGUACUAUCACUAGCUUCUACUCGUUUUCAACGGGAUCCACGUACACUAGAAAUGGAAGAAGAACAAUGGUUUGAUCAAGAUGAAGAGGAAGAAGAAGAUGAUGACGGCGAUAAUCUAUUCCCCUCUCAACAAUCAUCAACACUACUUAGUAGAACAUCAACUGGUAGUGCUGCUACUGCUUCAACGGAAACUACUGUUGUUGCAAAUGGUUUAUCAAAUUUAUCCUCAUAUGGAUUACAUUCUGUCAUUAAUACUUCUGCUAAUACUGCGACUACUACUACUAGCAGUACUACUUCAUCGGAUUUAUUAGGCAUUGUUACAUCAACAGAUACAUCAUCUGGUUUCAGUUCUUUAUCAUCCUCCACAUCCUCUUCCUCAUCAACAUCAUCAGUUGUAUCGAGUAAUUCUAGUCUUGAUUCAUGUGCUAGUGUAUUGCCUCAUUCAUCGAAUUUUUCAUCAAAAUCUAAUAUUAUGGAUAAUCUAACGGAUAAUUUGUGUUUAUCAUCAUCACGUACAACAACAACAUCCUUGUGUGAUCGACUUCGUCUACGUCCUCAUUCUACUAGUGCUACUAAUAUUCUCUUAAAUGAUGACAAUGAAUCUCCUACAACAACAACAAUAACAACACGUCUUAAUUUUACACGUCAUAAUCCUAUAGCAAUACAUAUUAAAUCAUCCUCAUUAUGCAGUAGUAGAGAUCAUCAAACUGCUGCUGAUGAUGAUUCAUUUGAUGAAAUAAGUAGUAGUAAUAAUAAUAAUCGAUUGUCAGUUACAGAUUCAACUACUACUAGUAGUAGUUUAUUAACAUCUCCUAAAGAUGUCAAUCAUAUUUCAGAUAUAGAAUGCAAAGAAAAUGUAACCUAUUCAACAUCAUCAUCAUCAUUGAAUUCAAGUAGUAGUAGUAGUGUUGUGUCAAAUUCAUCAUCUGUAGUCGUUGUAACAAAUUCUGUUGUUAUCAAUGAUAAAUCUCCAAAAAUUAAACGAAAUCAUAUUGAUUCACAAAUUGGUGGUCAUGAUGAUGACAAUGACAAUGAUGAUGAUGAAGAAUGCAGUCCAAUGAUUCAAGUGAAACGUGUAAAAAAAUCGAAACAAACAAUUAGUAAAACAACAUCGCAUAAUUUUAAUCAACACAACGAAACAACAACAUCAACAACAAUAAAAACAGUUAACACAGACGACAGUUACUCUGAUGCAUCUAGUGAGGUUUUAGACACUGAUCCAUUAUCGCCUAUCGGUUUAGUGGAUUAUUCCGAUGAAGAAAGUGAAGAUGAAGAUCAAAUAAAAGAGAAAAAAGAUCUCAGUCAAUCUGAAGAUGAUGAUCAAGUAUCAGAGAAAACUGUCGAUGAAACUUAUCACAAUCCAUCAGAUGUUUCAUCUAGUCAAAUUGUGACAGAUGUUGCUUGAUUGUACAAAAUUGCUAAUUAUUCGUUUGUUCAUUCAUUCAUUCCUCACACUUUACUACCCCUUUCCCUCGUGCCCCAGUACACACAGACAACCGCAUCCUAUCCUCUCCUCCGUUAGAAGUCACGGAACGUUCAAAACGAAUCAUUUCUGUGCCUUUAUCUUCACAACCUUACAGGGUUGUUUUUCAACGAGUAAAACUACUGGAAACAAACAUUAAGUGUUUCUCUAGUUGAUGAAAUGCAAAAAAUGGUUCUUUGUUCCGUUUGGUUUUUUUAACCUUUUGAAGAUGCGCCAGCCUAUUUUAAUCUUUCCUGUUAAAUAAUAAUAAUAAUCAUUAUUGUUAUUAUUAGUGCGCAUUGUGUACAUAGAAAUAUGAAUAUUAUGCGUAAUUUGUUGUACACAUACACACAUAUAUAUAUAUAUAUACAAACAUUAAAAAGGAACCAAUAUAAUAUAUGUAGAAAGUGAGAAACAGAAAUGUGUUUUUUUUAAAUAUUAUUACUAAUAUUAUUUAUCUAGGCAUUUGCCUUUUGUAAAUGCGCUUUGUUAAAUAACUCAUUCACACCUUGUUUUAAUUGUAAUCACUACCUAUGUGUGUGUGUGUUGUCCAAUGGAUUCUUCUCCUACUUCUUCUUUUUCUCUUCCACUCCCCUCUCCCCCCCCCCAAAAAAAACCACUGGUUACCGAAAUACUUCACAGAAGGCCAAAUAAAUGAUUAAAGAAUUUGUUUCAUAAUGCAUCUCUCAAAAUGUUUUAAAUAUAUAUAUAUCUGGCUGUGUUUUCAUAAACACACAUACACAUACAUUUGUAUACACACACAUAUAAGCGUACAAUUAACAAUCGCUCAUAUUGUUCUCUGCGUUUUAAACUCCUCUCUUCUGGUUGGGUGAGUUUAUUUUAUUUCCACAAAAACCCGCCAGAUAUUUGGUGUACAAUAAAAAAAAAGUUUUACGUAUUUAAUAAGUGAAUUUAACAUCUUUUUACUGGUUCACAGAGAGAUUCGUCGUAUCUAAGAUGAAGACAAUAAUUAUUUAUGGAUCAGAUGUUUUUUUUUAAUUUGAGUAGGUGCUUUUACUAGACAACAAGGGUAGAGUUGUGACUUAUUAGUGUUUAGACUGUCGACUUCCAGUCAGUUGGUCAUAGGUUCACUAUGUGCUCUUCACUUGCCACAUAGGCUUGGCUAGCCGCACACGCACACAAUAGGUGUGAUACAUUGCCAGCUGCAUAGAAUUGCAAGUGAUUGCUGUUGAGUGAAGUCUCAUGUUGUUGUUUGACACCAGACACGGAGUAUUGGAUGUGUUCUAUCUGGUUCAGGAGUUUUAAAGGAUUAUUGUAGAUUGUAAAGGAGAUAUUCUUUCCACGCGUUAUUUUCAUUCCAUACAAGCACUUCUCAAAAAAGAAAAACAAUUUCAUACCGUUGAUGUCAUUUUAAAAAAGUUUAAUAAUCCGAUUAAUUUAUGGUUAGGCGCAUAUACCCUAAAGUUGUAUUUCGACUGAAUUCCACUCUGUUUGUAUGUGGGGAUGCUUAACCUGAGCCGUUGACCAAAAUAUAGUUUAAGCUUUUAUCUAAAAGAUAUCUGUCAACAUGGUGGCACUGAUAAUUAAUGGUUAGAGAUGAACUCUUAUCUUGUGCGUUGUGAUGUGUUAAUACAGCACAGAGUUUUGCUUGAUUAGGUCUUGGAGUGUCGUACAACCUCCAUUUUUAUAUUAUCCUUAUGUCUUUGUGUGUGUGUGUUUCUCUUCUAUUACUUUAUACCUCAUAAUAUGCAAAUAUCUUGCAAUGACUCGGAUAAUUUUGCAGUAAUUCUAAUUUUCUGCAGUCAUGCUUUUAUAGUUUAAUGUACUGGUGUCAAUAUAUAUAUUACUUGAAUAAAUCACAUUGGUAAAAAUGUAACCGUUACUUUAAUAAAGUGCGCAGUA